CUGUUCUUCAGGGAUCAUUAAGAAGAAAGAGAAAUGGGGCUGACAUUCACCAAGCUUUUCAGCCGGCUAUUUGCCAAGAAGGAAAUGCGCAUCCUCAUGGUUGGACUCGAUGCAGCUGGUAAGACCACCAUAUUGUACAAGCUCAAGCUGGGAGAAAUUGUCACCACCAUUCCAACUAUUGGUUUCAAUGUGGAAACUGUUGAAUACAAGAACAUCAGCUUCACCGUUUGGGAUGUCGGGGGUCAGGACAAGAUCCGUCCAUUGUGGAGGCACUAUUUCCAGAACACUCAGGGUCUCAUUUUUGUGGUUGAUAGCAAUGACAGAGACCGUGUAGUGGAGGCAAGAGAUGAAUUGCACAGGAUGUUGAAUGAGGAUGAGCUUCGGGAUGCUGUGCUGCUUGUUUUUGCUAACAAACAAGAUCUUCCUAAUGCAAUGAAUGCUGCUGAAAUAACCGAUAAGCUUGGACUCCACUCCCUCAGGCAGCGUCACUGGUACAUCCAGAGCGCUUGUGCAACUUCUGGCGAGGGACUCUACGAGGGGCUUGAUUGGCUUUCUAACAACAUUGCCAAUAAGGCCUAAGUCGAAGUAGAGUUGUUGCGGAUUGAUCCUGGAUGCAGGCGGGUUUUUAUCUAAUUCCAUUUACUUUUAUUACGUCGUUUUUCUUCUUCUUUUUUCAGACAUUCUCUGAAUCUGUGUGGUUAUGGCAUUUGCUUCUUAGGAGGUCACUUUUGAAAUGUUUUUGUAAUACAAUGGUUGAAUGUAUGUAAUUUGCUGUGAUUGUUUAGGUUCGAGUA